GCUGAUCGUCAGCGCGACACUUCACCGCUUCUUACACAUGAAACCAUGACUCCUUUAAACGCCUGAACCUCCAGCACCGACCCUCACACCCGCGGGUUAACGUGCACCUAAGACAGACAGACAGAUAUCACCGAACAACACAGACGCACUGUUCAGGGAAGGUACCGGCGCGGCGCUCAGGGGCCGAUCAUGCACUGUCAAGCCGAGCUGAGGCUCUCCUCCCCCGGGCAGCUGAAGGCUGCCAGGCGGCGCUACAAGACGUUCAUGAUAGACGAAAUCCUCUCCAAGGAGACUUGUGAUUAUUUUGAGAAGCUCUCUCUUUACUCGGUGUGUCCUUCUCUCAUUGUCCGGCCGAAGCCUCUCCACUCAUGUUCGGGCUCCUCAUCACUUCGGGCCUACCCGCUCCUCUCUGUGAUCACACGGCAGCCUCCCAACAUGCCCCCGCACCUCCCCCAGCCACAGUCUCCAGGCGGGGUCCCCUCGCACCUGUCCCUGCUCUCCCCGCAGCAUCCGCGGGGGUCCGAGCCGUCGCCCAGCCAGACGCCCCUCAGCAUCAGCAGCGAGUCGGAGACGGAGCGCAGCACACCCCACCUUAAGAAGCCACGCCGCAGCCGCACCAUCUUCACCGAGCUCCAGCUGAUGGGCCUGGAGAAGAAGUUCCAGAAGCAGAAGUACCUCUCCACACCAGACAGGUUAGACCUGGCCCAGACACUGGGUCUCACACAGCUCCAGGUGAAAACAUGGUACCAAAACAGACGUAUGAAGUGGAAGAAAAUGGUGCUCAAAGGAGGUCACGAGGCCCCGACUAAGCCCAAGGGAAGACCCAAGAAGAACUCCAUUCCCACCACCGAGGAGAUAGAGGCUGAGGAGCGAAGGAUGAAGAUGGAGGAGGAGGAGGAGAGGAUGAGCCGGGAGGCUGACCAGGUGCCGUUGGCUUGCAGAGCGGAAGCAUCUCAGCUGGAACCUCAAGAUCUCAGUUCAGACACUCACAGUGCGGCCCGAGCGCUGGAGGAAUCUGAGCGAGAGGUGCCGCUCCUCAAGCAAUCAGAGACUCACGCAGAAAGCUAAGCGACAACAACGCAACCAAAGACUAAGCCAACCUGAAAACAAAUAGUGCCUCAGGAUCACUUCAAAAAUAAUUAGAAAAUAAGAAAGAUAAACACAGCCUGUGUGGUGUUUAGAGCCAUUUGCUUUAGGGAUUUGACUGGAGACAUAUCAGUGUCCAUUCUUUACCUAAUGUCACCUUUAAAUUUUGUUUGGGUGUACUGGAAUAUGAUCCAUACAAAGAGCUAACCUGCAUAGACACUGAUUGCACUGGUGUAACUUUGGCCCUGGCUCCACAGUAAGAGGAGUGUAAAUGUGUCAAAUCCAAAUAGGUCAGUCAAGCCUUAACACACAGUGACAUGCAUCACAGCAUUGAGUCAUUGUGAUGACAAGAUCUCACACACACACACACACACACACACACACACACACACACACACACACACCUGAUCUAGAAAGCUGCCUCACACAGUGCAUUAGCCAAAAUACCAAACGUUUGCCUUGUGUCUCUCUGUAUUUAUGUAUUAUACAGUACAUCUCUCUACACUGCCAUAAACUUAGGAUAUUAAAAUGGCUACAGUGCCUUGACGGUCUCAGAGGAAAGCUUUUAAACUGUUGAUGAAUAUAACAAAUGCAAGUAUAUUUUCUAGAGUGAAUUUUUGAUUAUUACACGUGCAUUUUUUUUGGUGAAGAUUGUAAAGUUUAGAAACUGUGCGUAGGUACAGAUUUAAGGCACAACCGUGUUCAUGAUUUCCUUGCAUUCUGUUUCCAACUGAAAAAGGUCUGCCAAGCCAUACAAACCCUGUAUCAUACUGUAGAAAUGUGUAUAAAGUAUAAGAUAUAUGAUACUGCCAGAUAUAUAUGUAAAACAGUAUUUUUAACUGCUGUUUUAAAUUGGAUUAAAAUAGUUUGUAUGUAUGAUGUUAUAGCCGUUCCUUAUCUUCUUUUUCCUGCUUUCUGCUGCGAGCCCACUAAGUAUGUUAAGUUGCUACAGAAUCUCAGAGGGAGUAAAUCAGCAGCUUUUUUUUACUUCUUUUUUAGCUCGCAGCCUUUGCGUGACUACCUGAAUCAAUACGUUAGAGCUGCAUGAACGUAAUGCUGUCUUCAACAUUAUGUUAUUAACUGACUCAUCCGUGUACUCCUUGCAAAGAUUUGUCAUUUUAAGUGUUCUCACUCUUUUCGAUUUAUAAAGAUUUAUUUUUAUUUGUUGUUGCUCCAUAUGCAAAGUCCAGUAUUUUUCUGAUGUAAAUACAAUGCUUGUUUGGUGACCUUGUUUGCUGUUUUUUUUUUUAGGUUUGUGUAAAAUCGUUUUUACCAUAUACCAUGUAAAAGUGUGUGUUUAUGUAUUUAAAUGCACUUAAUA